CAUUAACACCCACUUUCCCAUUCAUCCGUCUCCCCUUUUGGUUCGUCCCUCAGCCUUCUCUGCCUCUCCGCUCUAUCUUGAUCUCUGUUCUAUCUCGAUCUCUAUCUCAGCUGAAGCACUUCUUCAGCUCAUCGUAGGCUCUCAACCCUCUCUCUCUCUACCACCACCACCAUCAUCCUCCCCUUCUUUCCACCUACAAUUUAGAGUACCUCAAAUUUAGAUUCUCUCUCUUCCGCUCACGGAUCCUACUCAUCUUCUCUCUCUUGGUGUGUGACCACUAUAAUUCAGCCUUUGUCUCGGUUUCCUUUGCAUUAGCAAUCAAGAAGGGGAUAACUCGCAUUUGAUUAGCUAAUAUUCUUUGAAGGAAGGAUAAAUAAUAAGCUGACAAUGAAAUGAACGAUUAGUGAAGUGGAAAAAGUGAGUGAACAAGAUACCGAAACUUCAACUUUAAAAUCAUCCCAACCACCGCCGAAGAAGAGACAGGGCCCGACACAAUGCAAGAAUGUCGAUUAAUAAGUUUGGACAGCUGAUCGGCCCUGGAAGUGGUACAUAUACUAAUUAUUUGGGAACACUUGCCCAGAAUGCUAAUUUAGCUCCUUUGUGCUACAAAACUUAGUGGGAGAUGCCUAAACGGCUGAAGGAGGAUAUGUGGAACGUUGUAAAGGGAAAGUAUGAUGUGAGAAUCAUGUCAAAACAUUGGACAAUAUCCUUCAUCGGAAAAAAAUGGAGGGGGUACAAGUGUGAAUUAAAAAGUGAAUAUUACUCGGUUAGGGAUACAGAUGCAGAAAGAUUGGCAAACCUACCACCCGAGGUUGAAAAGGAGCAUUGGGAAUUUUUGGUUAGGCAUUGGGGUAUGCAUAUGGCGAAGGGGGUCAGUGAAAAAAACAAAGAACGUCGUGGGAAGCAGACAAUGAUGCAUACUACAGGGACAAAAAGCUUUGCACGUGUCUCUGCCGAGAUUGAGGAAGACGAAGGUAUUCAGUGUUCUCGUGCAGAUUUAUUCAUUCGCACACAUAUAAAUAAGGAUGGCAAAGCUACUGAUGCUGCUGCUUCGGAGAUGAUUAAAAACAUAAAAGAACUUCAAAAAAGUUACUCUGACUCGCCUAUUGGCAGUUCCAAUGAUUUGUUCUCCAUUGUGAGGAGAGAAGAGAGAACUGGUCGUGUGCGGAUGCUUGGCUUCGGGCCUACACCAAGCGAUGUUUGGGGGCCUCUCCUAGUAAAGCUGAAUUGAUUUAUAAUGCGAAAAAAUCUGAUGAUGAGGCACGUGCUGUACGUGUAGAGUUGCAAGAGACCAUUUAAAAAAUGCAAAUCGACUAUGACAACAAGUUGGAAAAUUUACGAGCCAACUAUGAUGACAAGUUGGAAAAUUUACAACAACAUGUGGCUAUGCUAAUGCAGAUGCAACAACAAAAUUGUAGUGGACAAGUAUAUUUAUUAUUAGUUUUACUCUUUACUAAAUAUAUGUUUACUUAUGCCAAGAUUUUAUGCAUUUUGUUUUCUUAUUUUGAAGGGUUUUGAUUCUUUAAAUGCUCCUCUUAGAGUAUUCCUAAAUUCAUUUUCUAGUCAUGAUGCCAAUUCAGUUAAGGGUAAUUUAAAUCAAAUGGGCAAGAAGACUUGUUGAAGUUGAAGAUGGGGUUGUGGCUGUGCUUUCUGAAUUUCCUUUGCCUUGGUUGGGUUCUUUUUGAAAAACUUGUACUACGUUUGUAAAAAAUUCUUAAUUCUUUUUGUCUGACAUUUAGUAGCUUUAUUUAGACAAUUUGGAUGGUAUAUUGGCAGGUUAACUUGUGGUUGUAUUAGUAUAUAUUUUAGCUUUUUGGUUGACAUUUACCAGCUUAACUUGUGGUUGUAUUAGUAGCCAAUUUCGAUGGUAAUUUUCAUAUUAGCAGGGUUAA